CACCAGUAAAACCUCAGCAUUGACGAGUGACUUUAGGACUUCCGUGUCAUUACACAAACAAGACCUGCCUCUUCCUUUAAAAACUUAAACAGCCGCUGUUUUAGCCACCCAGCUCCUUCCUAACGUCUACGAUUUCAACCGGAAAAAAAACCAAAAUAUAAAUCCCGUUUUUUAUUUUUUAAAACUUUACCAUGGAGUCAACAUCUAACAACUACGAGAGGAACUGUGUUCUGUGUUGUCAGGAGCUGGAUAUUUUUGCUCUGGGAAAAUGCGAUCACCCGGUGUGUUACCGCUGUUCCACCAAAAUGAGGGUGUUGUGCGACCAGAAGUACUGCGCCGUCUGCCGGGAGGAGCUCGACAAGGUGCUGUUUGUGCAGAAGUUGGUGCCCUUCUCCUCUCUGCCCCUCCAGACGCUGCAGGUGGAAAGGAAACAUGACAUCUACUUUACUGACUCCAAGAUAUACGCUCAGUUCAGGACGCUGCUGCUGUCUGAGUGUCCUGUCUGUCCAGAGUCUAAAGUCUUCUCAACGUUUGAGGAGUUGGAGCAGCACAUGAGGAAACAACAUGAACUCUUCUGUUGUAAACUCUGUAGAAAACACCUGCAGAUCUUCUCCCACGAGAGGAAGUGGUAUAGCAGGAAGGACCUGGCGCGUCACCGUUCCCACGGCGACCCGGAGGACACGUCUCACCGCGGACACCCGCUCUGCAAGUUCUGCGACGACCGUUACCUCGACAACGACGAGCUGCUGAAACACCUCCGCAGGGACCAUUACUUCUGUCACUUCUGCGACGCGGACGGAGCCCAGGAAUAUUACAGUGACUACCAGUACCUGAGCGAGCACUUCCGGGAGGCCCACUACCUGUGCGAGGAAGGCCGCUGUGCUACGGAGCAAUUCACCCACGCUUUCAGGAGCCAGAUCGACUACAAGGCCCACAAGGCCUCGACGCACAGCAAGAACCGGGCCGAAGCGCGACAGAACCGACACAUAGACCUGCAGUUCAGCUACGCCCCGCGGCAGACCCGACGCAACGACGGAGGUGCGGUGUCUGGAGAGGACUAUGAGGAAGUGAGGUCGGGUCGAGGAGGAAGAGGAAGGAACCAACAGAACACCAGAGGUAGCUGGCGGUACAACCGUGAGGAGGAGGACAGGGACUUGGCAGUAGCGGUCAGAGCCUCCAUGAUGCAACAGAGACGACAGGAGGACAGAGGACGAGACACCCAGGACAGGAGUGGAGCGCCCAAACACCGCAAAGAGGAGAGGACGGAGAGGACGGAGAGGACGGAGCGGCCGGAGAGGACGGAGCGGCCGGAGAGGAUGGAGCGGCCGGAGAGGAUGGAGCGGCCGGAGAGGAUGGAGCGGCCGGAGAGGAUGGAGCGGAUGGAGAGGACGGAGAGGAUGGAGAGGCCGGAGAGGAUGGAGAGGCCGGAGAGGAUGGAGAGGCCGGAGAGGAUGGAGCGGCCUGAGAGGACGGAGCGGCCUGAGAGGACGGAGCGGCCUGAGAGGACGGAGCGGCCUGAGAGGACGGAGCGGCCGGAGAGGACGGAGCGGCCGGAGAGGACGGAGACUGAGGAGAGACCCAGGAGUUUUCCUAUCAAACCUCCGGCAGAAACUCCCCCAGUGAGGACCAUGAAGAGCAACCCUCUGACAGGAGAAGACUUCCCAGCUCUCCUGGGGGCUGCAGCGCCCACACUGAGUGUUAAGGCUCCCCCCCAGGUCCCUCUGAAGGAGGACGACUUCCCCAGUCUAUCUGCUGCCGCGGUUACGACCCCCGUGACCCCCGCCUACUCCGCCCAACCCAGGAAGCACUCCUCCUUCCAAGAGGAAGAUUUCCCCGUCCUGGUCUCUAAGAUCCGCCCUCCCAGACCAGCGGGGGGCGGAGCGACCUCAGCCUGGAGCCAAUCCAGCAGCAGCAGCACCUCCAAGCCGGUCAUCCUUCCAUCCUCUUCCUCUAGACCUUCCUCUAACAACCCUCCUCUUCCUCUCCCCGCCGGCCCCCGGCUCCUCUCCUCCUCUUCCUCUCGGAGGAAAAAGCUCUCCGCCCGCCGCCCGUCCCCGCCCUCUGAUGAUGACGAUUGCGUUGCCAAGACGACGAAGGAGCGCCGAGCAAUUCCGACCAUGUUGGAUAUCUCCUCUCUUCUCAUCGUCAAAGGACCCUCUAAGCCCCUCCCACCUACCUCUAAGCCCCUCCCACCGACCUCUAAGCCCCUCCCACCUACCUCUAAGCCCCUCCCGCCGACCUCUAAGCCCCUCCCACUGACAUCUAACCCCGCCCGAGCCCCACGUCCAAGUCGGCCAAGAAGAAGAAACGGACCACGCCCCUUCCGCCAUUUGGGAACCAAGUUCCUGUCCCCACGGAAACGGUCUCCAGGGUACAGAAGGAGAACGUUCGGAGAGCCGCGCCUCCAAACCGCUGGUUGCUGUGACGACGACGGCGGCGGUUAAAACGAGCGGAUUGGCUAACGGCCACCUGGAUAAACCAAUCACGGCGG